AUGCCUCGAUCUCGGCCGGCAACAACAGGCUAUGAACGCCUUGCGCAAGCCGACGAUGUUAGCGACGACUCAGACGAGGAUCCUCUCUCCCAAUCAUAUGCUUCUCUACAGCCUGCCGCUGCCCCACGAUAUGCCCAAGUUUCGCAACCACGCCAUCGCUCUGGCAUGACCAGCCCCAAGUCAAUGGCCUCAGCUUCCCAACCCAAGUUCCGUAACCGUUCUGGAAGCAGCGCCGGCGUCGACCUGAAAGCCAUCAAUGCCCGACUCGAGCGCUGGGCUGACGAGAUUGCCUCACGUUUCAAGCGGAAGGGAAAGAAUCAGCAAGGCGAAGAGGAGCGCCUUGAGAUUCACUACUCUGUCUUUCAACCUCCUGAGGGCGUUCGUCCGGUAACAGCUGAGAGUAUUGCCAUGCCGCAAGAGGGUGUUAUGUCAAAAGAAGAGUUUGAGACCAUUGUUGAAAGCGUACGGAGUGCUAUUCGGCAAGAGGUCCAUCCCAGCAUGAUCUCUCAGGGUAGUUCCGGCAGUUACUUUGCUCGGAAUCCCGAUGGCAAGAUCGUGGGUGUGUUUAAACCCAAAGACGAGGAACCUUACGCCGCAGGAAACCCCAAAUGGAAUAAGUGGAUUCAUAGAAACUUGUUCCCUUGCUGCUUUGGACGAGCUUGUCUUAUUCCCAACCUUUCGUAUGUUAGCGAAGCAGCGGCUUAUGUGCUCGAUUGCCAACUGAGAACACAUCUGGUACCAUAUACCGACGUUGUAUGGCUUGCUUCCAAAUCAUUCCACUAUCCAUUCUGGGACCGUCGCAAGUUUCAUCGCAAGAAGAAGGCCCUCCCUGCCAAGCCGGGCAGUUUCCAAGUCUUCCUCAAGGGCUUCAAAGACGCCAACGUUUUCCUUCGGGAGCACCCUUGGCCGGACCAAUACUGGUCCGGCUUCCGGACAAACGACGGUCAGAGCAAGAAGAAGAAGAAAUGGACGGAAAGCUGCCGCCCGUCAGGAAACGCCACUCCAAACAACGGAUACAACAGUGACGAUGAAGAAGCUGCCCAGGCUGCGAAUCUUUUGGGUCCUGAUAAUUUCAUUUGGACCGAACACUUGAAAGAGUCUUUAAGGCAGGAGCUUGAGAAACUCGUCAUCCUUGAUUAUAUAAUGCGAAACACAGAUCGUGGUCUUGAUAAUUGGAUGAUUAAAGUCGACUGGGAGACGGGUAAGGCCUCGAUAGCAUCGGAUCCCAUUCAAUUAAACAUGGAACCAGUUGCGGAGGAAGAGGCCCCUCGACCCGUCGAUCUGUCUCAACAAGGACCACGUGCCACGAGAGCGUCAUAUCCCUAUAAAACACAAAGACCGAUGAGUGCUUCGAGUAGGCAACCCGCAGGAACCGAGCCGGCCAUCACUGUCGGAGCUAUCGAUAACUCAUUAUCAUGGCCUUGGAAACAUCCGGAUGCUUGGAGGAGUUUCCCGUUUGGCUGGCUCUUCCUACCUGUAGAUCUCAUUGGGAGACCCUUUUCUCAAAAGACCAGAGAUCAUUUCCUGCCCCUCCUCACAUCUACAUCAUGGUGGACACAAACGAUUCUUUCAUUAAAGAGGGUGUUCCAGAUGGAUGUUGACUUCCAGGAGCGUAUGUUCGCAAAACAGGUCGCUGUUAUGAAAGGUCAAGCUUGGAACGUCGUCGAAACACUCAAGACCCCAGACCAUGGCCCUCUCGAACUAACUCGCAGAGCAAGGGUUUGCGUCUGGGACGACCUGGUUGAUGUACCUGUUGCAGUUCCUAUGCGUAACACGUCCUCGGAAGUCCGUCGCAACCCCCACGUCCGUCAAUCUAUGGACGAGGCCGAUAUUGCUAGCUCGGCCCCUGCCAAUAAUCCCCCAAUUGAGGACCUCCUUGGCCUAGCCAGUGCACCUGCAGAUAUGCCUCAUCCUGGUCGGUUUGAGCUCUCAUCUCCGACGGGCGAGACAGCUCAGUCGCCAGAUGAGGUCCUUUCAGGCGAGUCCAACUUUCUGGCACCAACAGGACAGCAUCAUCAUAGUGGGGACGUGGCCGAGCGUCCCGCGGUCCGGGCAGCCGGUAUUAGAAACAGUUACCAGGGACCUGUUCGUGCACUCAACAUGUAUGAGCCUGCACGUCAACAGCCACCACGCCAGCAGCGUAGAUACUCAUUUGCCAACGCCGCUGCCCGCCGCAACAGCAACAGCAUCGCACAACAGUAUUAUGGUGAGCAUAAUGAGAACUACACCGACGACCUGGAAGGUGAUCUAGGUUAUGCUGCAGCUGAGGGACAGAUGGGUAACCAACGUAAGGUCAUUGUUGAGCGGCUCGAAGCUGUCAAGAGUAGGAACCCUGUGUUUACCUGCUGGUAA